AUUUUCGAUAUCCUGCUUGACCAUUAUGUCCUUUCGUGGUACAGAUGACUGGAUGGAGUCCAUGUUGGAAGAUUCGGUUCUCCGAGCCUUUGGUUCACAUCUUCACAUCUGUAUGGCUUCCCGUUCUUCUGAACUUGCCUACAUGCGAGCCUUAGUGAACCGCAUUUUGCCACUUAUCAGCUAUCCUCCGGGAUUGGUCACUCCGAGCAGCAUCAACGUAGAAAGAUUCCUCAAACCCGACUCCCUGAAACACGCAUUUUCACAGCUGAAGCGCCCCGCUAGCCAAAGUUCCGCUAGAUCAUCUUCGAUACGACUUGUUCCGGUGCAUCGAAGUCUGUCCAACCAAAAUCUGCCUACCAGGCAAAGUGAACACGUUUCAUUGGGUGCGAAUCGUGCUGCCUACAGCUUCUUGGUUGAGAUUCUUUCUACGUGUGUCCUUUUGCCCGCCAUGGAUGCCAUUGCGAAUCCCGAUCUGCUCAACAAGUUCAUCUUGCUCUAUUCUCAACCGACUGAAGAUUCAACCGACUGUCUCAUCGAAGCCACGCACGAAGUCCCGGUUUUGAAUACUUACGUUCAAGAGUGGGAGCAGUGGAUAUCAGAGAAACCGCCUGUCACCCUCCAGUUGGAACGCCUGUUGCGAAACCAGGAGGAAUUCCAUCCUUUCAUGCAGUACAUGAAGUCCAUUAAAUCUGCUGCGCCACUGAUAGCUGUGUUUCUGAUAAGUAACAUCAAUCGACGCGUCCUUCGUGACCCUCUUCCGCCGGACACUUGUCGCGAAAUUCGAUCCCAAGUUGUUCACCUUCUAUCACUUGUGCGCGAUUCAGUGAACCUUGAUACAGAUCACCGUAGUCCUACGACGGGAGGAGAGGAGGAGGAUACCACCGAGCCACAGCCGGACCGCAAAACUCAGAAUCCUCGCCUGUUUGCUUUGUCAGCUGAGUUUGAGAACCUUUUGACGGACUUUUUAGCCGAACCUACUGAUGCAGAUUCCCUGGAUGGACUGGUUCAUUCCACGUUGUGGAGAGAUGCAUAUCAUACAGCGUCGCGACAGAUCGGUCUACAUUUCCUACCCAUGUAUCUGGAGAGUCCAGAAUAUUUGGCGCAUGUUUUUGGUCCAUCCUGGUUUUGUCUGCCCGACCGACCACAUACACCAGGUUCCUCCAGACGUGCAUCACAAGCGGAACCUAACAGUCGGUUUGAAAAUCCAUUGAAAGGCAUGUUCGCGGGUCACACCGUAGAGGGACGAGUUUUGUACAGUCUUGGUUCAGACAGCAAUCGACAACCCAUGAAGCUUCCAAACCGCCAGACAAAAUCGUCAUCUCAAGGAUUAAACCAUCGCACUGAGACUCUUUUGGUGCAACCACACUGUAUAAGUUCCCACGGAGAUGGACAUCAUCAGCUCCGUUCUCAUUAUAUGCUUCAGUCACGUCGGAUUGACCUCUCAGACUGGCGUGUCUAUAUUCCCGGUUUAUCUCGCCCAGAAGUUGCUCCUGGGAAACGCUUGAUUGAUCAACUUACACAAGGAAGCAAUCCAAGGAGUGACAGUCCUACGCGCCGCGCACAAUACUCAGCCAGACCGCAUGAUGCGUCAUUCCGGAGCAAAAUUACCGACGAAUUACAGAAUUUGCAUGCUUCUUCGAAUGCACAGCGUAUGCCACAGCUGUCCCCGCAGUUCUUGUUCACCGUUCGCACCGAGCGUGUGGUGCGAGGGGUGCGACAGACGAUUGCACGAGUUGACAGGAAAUACUCGGAGUUUUAUGUACUCGAACAAAAAUUGAUUGAAUUCCAUGGAAACGCGAUCACUCAGACGCUUCCUCCUCGGAAAUUUACCCCUCGAACCUUCGAAUUUCUGGAGAGUAAACGUGAAGUAUUUGAGGAGUACCUACAGUAUCUUAUUGCUCAACCGUUUCUGCGGAACAGUGAACUUCUGCAUGGAUUUCUCACCUCCAAAAUGCCAUUCACCAGCAGUCUUUUAUUUGAACUUAAUUUGGGACGCUUUGUAAAGUCCGUUCCACUGAAACUCAUCAAGGAGAGAGGCCAAUACUUGGAUCAAUUCUUGAUAAGCUUUUACGUCUCCUGCAGUCCUCAACCAAUUCUCAUGGAACCUGUUGAGCCCUCAAUUGAACCCGUUUUCACAGUUUUCCCUAGCAGCGGGGUUGGAACACUUGGGGGGAUAGAUGCCCUUGCAACGCCAGAUCACUACUCCCUGAAACCGUCAUCAUCGUCUGCUUCUGAAGCGACAACGGUUUCCUGGACAGUUUCCCAAAAUCAUUCAUCAGCAGGACUUGGAAGUCAUCGUCAAAAUCCGGGGGUUGCCAGCUCCUAUGUGAUCAUGCCCAGGUCUUACAAACGAACCUGGCUGGAUAAUCGAUUACGAGUGAAAAUGUUCUGGAACAAUGCUGGCUUACCUGUUGAACGACGACACGACCUACGUAAAAAAUCCUGUGAGUUUUUUGGAGUACAACCGUCAGGUUUAUUGGAGCUUGCCAUAUACACUUUGAAGCCGUUUGCGAUUGGUGGGGGUGGCAAUCCCCCUGCCUCUGUUGACUCCAGCAUGGAUGACGAUCACCCGACAAUGUGCGAACAGAGAAACAACACUCUGAAGAAAACAGAGGAAGAGUCUAUUAUUCCUGCUGAGCCCUGGGACAUUGGUAGUUCUGGUUGGAACGAAGCCCUGCUUACUGCCCCAACUGUUGCUCCCAUCACAGAAGCCGUCACUGCCCACUCGAAUACGGAUUCCUCAAUCACAGUGCAACAUUCGGAAGAACAGCCAUAUCCUCCGGUCUUGGCGGCUAACAGUACUGUUGGACAGGAUCGUACUGUAUCGAUUUCUCUGGAGGACAUGAUUGCUGCCCUGACCGGUCUGUGGAGACUGUGUAAUCAGCAUCUAUUCACACAUUUACGUUUCCUCCUGCUUUGGAUUUUCUACAUCCUUAGAGGCUAUUGUAAGACACGAAUCGAUGCUUGGUUUAUCGGCCGGAUUAAGCAAUACAUACAACACACAUUAACGGAUGACACAAUUGCAAACGCUUUGCAAAUACUAAAAGCCACGUUAUUCUAUCCUCCCACCAGUCCGAAUACUGAUUUGGAAAGGUUAGAGCGAAAGGCUGCCGCUGGAGACGCUCUCCGCCAAAGGGUAAAAAACACUGGUCUUGCGUUCAUCAUCGACUCGAAGGAACUGGAAGAACGCGUGGAUAAGUUGCUUCUCUGUUUACAGCAUCCAAAGUGGAAUAAACAGCUGACUUACGUGCUUCUCGACCAACUAGUCACCGUACUGUUUCCGGAGUUGAUCGACCAAGCUGGUAACCAGCAGCCAGAUUCUUAGGUAUACAUACAUUUAUUUCAUCUUCACCCACCUAACCCCUGUGACUUGACCCAUACUCAUCUGUAUACAGUGAUUUCACCUAGAUUAACCUUUGUCCUUUCCGUCCGUUGAUACGCAUUCGCUGCAGGCAAUGCGUACACUAUAGAGCUAACUUCGUUUGCGUUCCCACUGUACAUUCGGCCAUUCCUAUGAUUAACAUCGUUAUUGUCCGCACAGAAGAGAGGUGGUUUUUUGCUUGACUUCCUUGCUGUCCGGUACAACGAUUCAUUCACCCGAACUUAUCAACCGCAUGUUCUCAUCUGUGAUAAUUUUGCAACUCUGUUUACUUUAUGCCUAUGCGCGUACGAUUUGGCCUCUGCGUUGUUCUUUUUUUAUCUGGUGUUACGUGCUUCUCAUCCGGCUGUUUCUGUCCUGUGAGUACCGUAUUGUUUUCUUUUGUUUUCGAACUGAUGAC